GCCGCCGUCGUCGUUAAUAUUUGUCGGCGCAGGGCUCUUCAGCAUGCACUUUUUUUCGUAUUGUACGCGGAUUUGUCAAACGAGAAUUAUUGACAAAAAAGUGAAUUAAUUAUUAGUUAAUUAAAUAUAAAUUAUUUAACAAAGUAUUAAAAAGGUAUUAAUAAAAAUAUAAUUAAAGAAAUUGUCAUUUAAAGAAUAAAUUGUGUAGUUAAUAAAGGAAAUUUAACAAAAAAAAAAAAAAAAAUUCCUAGAGCAAACGCCAUUAAAGAAUAGAAGAAAAAGCAAAAAAAGUGCAUGAAGUGUGGAAAAAUCGGUGAAGAAAAAAACGAAUAUGAUUAACUAGAAUUACAAAGAAGUAAAAAUUAAAGUUUUUUUUUAUAAAUAUUUAAAAUAGUUUAAUAGAGAACAAAAGUUAUAAUCAUUGUAAAUAAAAGUGUUUUAAAUAAAAGAAAGCUUCAAUAUAUUUAAUAUUAAACACUAUACUACCACCAUACAAUAUACGCAAAAUGUCCAGUGAAGAGGAUAAACCGCCAGCUCCACCUGUGCGCCUGACUAGUAAUCGUGGCGGUGAUCGUGUUGGUGGUAGUUUGGGCUCAGUAACAGGUUCUGGUGAUGGUCCACCUGUGGAUAUGCGGCCUUUACCUAAAGAACCCGAUGAUCCUGAUCGUAAAAAGAAAACCUUAAAAAAUAAAAUAAAAGGUUCUAAACCGUCACAUCAAGAUUCUAAACCCAAUAUUUCAUAUCCUACUAAUUUUGAGCAUACUGUUCAUGUAGGUUUCGAUGCUGUUACGGGAGAAUUUACGGGUAUGCCAGAGGCCUGGGCACGUUUGCUUAUGAAUUCAAACAUAAGCAAACAAGAGCAAAAGAAAAAUCCUCAAGCUGUUUUAGAUGUGCUCAAAUGGUUUGACAAUACAACCAAACAGAGGCCAAGUUCCAAAUACAUGACAAAUGCCAUAACAACACAUUCGGGUUCUUCUUUAAGUCGUGUUAGCAGCAGUAGUCCCAGCAGUACACCUACCGAUUCCGAGUUACACGGCUCCAAUAGCGGUGGCAAUUUAAUUGGUGUCAAUAUUGGCAGUUUAACUAUAGGUGGUGGCUCGAAUUCCAGCAACGUUGGCUUAAAUAACUCAUCUGGUCUAGUAUCUAGUGGUUUAGGCAAUCAUCAACUACAUACACCUCAUCAUCUUCAACAGCAGCAGUCGCAUCAUCAACAUUCUCAUCAUCAUCAGCAACAACAACAACAGCAGCAGCAACAUGGUCAACAUCAUCAGCCUGCUACAAUUAGUCAAUCGCAUUCGUAUAAUUUUGGUGGCAAUACCGCAUCAUCUUCCUCACAACAUUCGUCAGCCAAUGAGGAUGAUAUACUCGGUACACCACAACCACCACCGCCUCCUAUAGCUUCACGUCCCGAACGUACGAAAUCGAUUUAUACACGUCCCAUUGAAGAAGUUGUACAACCUGCUGUAGCUCCUAUAAUACCACCACCAACAGCGGCACCUGCCACCACACCAACAACACCGCAACACAAUAAUGUAGCUCAGCCUCAAUUUAAGACACCAACACAUGUGACCGCCUCAACUUUAGAUAAAAAUAAAAAUAAUGCAAAUUUGUAUGCACACGAUACAAAUACUAAUAAUUUGAAUGCGGUCUCCGCUGCUGGAGCUAAUGCUGCUGCAGCAUCGUCCAAUGCGGCCUCACCUGCUCAAGCGGCUACCACGGGGGCCGCCACCACUACCACGACGCCAGCAACAACUACAACAACACAACAACGAUCGGGCGCUACGAAAAAGAAGAAAAUGUCUGAUGAAGAAAUACUUGAGAAAUUGCGCACCAUUGUCUCGGUGGGUGAUCCAAAUCGUAAAUACACGAAAAUGGAAAAAAUAGGUCAGGGUGCCUCGGGUACCGUUUAUACGGCCAUUGAAUCUUCCACUGGCAUGGAAGUGGCCAUUAAACAAAUGAAUCUGUCGCAGCAACCCAAAAAAGAACUGAUCAUCAAUGAAAUUCUUGUCAUGCGAGAGAAUAAACAUCCAAAUGUUGUCAAUUAUUUGGACAGUUAUUUGGUAUCGGAAGAACUGUGGGUUGUUAUGGAAUAUCUGCCGGGUGGCUCACUGACCGAUGUGGUUACGGAGACGUGUAUGGAUGAGGGUCAAAUAGCGGCCGUGUGUCGUGAAGUGUUACAAGCUUUGGAAUUUUUACACUCCAAUCAGGUCAUACAUCGUGACAUUAAAAGUGAUAAUAUUUUAUUGGGUCUGGAUGGUUCAGUUAAAUUAACUGAUUUCGGUUUUUGUGCUCAAAUAUCACCGGAGCAAUCGAAACGCACAACAAUGGUGGGUACACCAUAUUGGAUGGCACCGGAAGUUGUUACACGUAAACAAUAUGGACCGAAGGUCGAUUUAUGGUCUCUUGGUAUUAUGGCCAUUGAAAUGGUUGAAGGUGAACCUCCUUAUCUUAAUGAAAAUCCAUUGAAAGCCUUGUACCUCAUUGCUACUAAUGGCAAACCUGAGAUUAAAGAAAAAGAAAAACUCUCACCAGUAUUUCAAGAUUUCCUCGAUCAAUGUCUCGAAGUAGAAGUUGAUCGUCGUGCUAGUGCAAUGGAAUUGCUAAAGCAUCCCUUCUUAAAAUUGGCCCGUCCAUUGGCCAGUUUAACUCCGCUUAUUAUGGCGGCUAAAGAGGCCACCAAAAACAACUGAUUAAAGCUACAAAAUCAUUGAUUUAUGUUGAAAUUAUUUUCUUAAGUUGUAUGUUUUAUUUAAAAAAAACAAAACAAACAUAAGA